GGAAGGCCUAGCGGGUAGGCGGGGAUGGACACCGCUGCUGUGGGAACUGUGAGGCCUCCACUUAGCUCCCCCUUGCUGGGCAGCCGUACGGAGCAGCAUAUUUUAGCAUCCCCAAGUCACUUAGUGGCGAGGAAGACGUCAUUUUCCCCUCCCUGCUUCCCUGCUCCAGGCCCUCGGAGACCGUAUGGUGGCAUCCACGGUGGUACACGCGGGACCAUCCGUUGCCCCCUGGCCGAGUACAGGCCAUCAAGGCUGAAUGUGAAUUUGAAUGCUGUGCAGCUGAUUGCAGAGCUGUUCCUAUUGAGAUACAAAGAAUGCAGAGACCAGGAACAUUGCUUUAGGGAUUCCUCCCAUAGACUAGGAUUUUCUGAAAAGCCGGAGCAUCUUGUCAUAUAUAGACUAUCAUUAAUCAUCAUUGCAUGCAUGGGUAAUAGCUGGUGGCUGAACACACCCUUGCUGACUUGGGCCCAUUCCAUGUUGAUGUCCUUAGGGAGCAGUCUUGGUCUUCUAAGGGUUAACAUGGCAGAAGGAAAAAAGUUUUUUUCAAGAAGGUAAGAAACCUUUGAAAACUAGCUAAUCCAAGUCAGUGGGGUCCUGCCAGAUUGGAAUAUGUCUGAGGAGGAAAAACUCAAAUGCCUGAUGAAAACACUUAGAAGCCCUGCUUGGGAGGUUAUGCAUUUGCUUCAGGCAGCCAACCCCAGCCUAAGUGUGGCAGAUUUCAUGCAGGCAAUGAAAUUGGUGUCUGGGGAGUCUGAAAGCAGUGUAACUACUGCUCAUGGUAAAUUUUUAAAUACCCUACAAGAACAAGGGGAGAAAACCUCCCUUUAUGUGAUCCGUUUAGAGAUGCAACUCCAGAACACUAUUCAGGCAGGGAUCAUAGCUGAGAAAGAUGCAAACCAGACUAGCCUGCACCAGUUCCUUAUAGGGGCUGAACUGAAUGGGGACCUGCACUACAGGCUGAAGCAUCUCCUCAGGAUGUAUGCAAAUAGUCAGGAACAUCUUUUCAACUUCCUGGCAUUAAUCAAGAUAGUAAGAGAGGAGGAUUGGGAUGAUAAUUUCAUGAAGCAAAAAGAGGUCAGGAGAUCUGAGCUAAUCAUGGAGAGUGCAGCAAGCCAUGUGGCAUUUCAGGGCAUGCAACCAAUUGUGAUCAACAGUGCUGACUGGAUAAUAAAGCUAGAUGAUAUCCUCAAUGACUCAGAUGAGGAUGUGAUCCUAGUGGACCCUCCACUUCCAUAAGAUGACCCUCCCCUCAGAGACAGGGCCAUACCUUAGGAUCAAACACUGGUUAUUGAUUCCCCCAACAGUUCCCAGGUUCAAUCUCCCAGGUCCAUCAGUGGUGGUUCUGGGUAUAAGAAUGACGAUCCUGGGGAUAUGCAUAGGAGCAGAAAGCAAAGAUACACAAGCUGCUCUUCAUACUAUGGCAUGGAUGGUCACUCCAAGGAAACCUGUGACAACUUGUUAGAGAAACAAGCCCAGGUAUUUGAGAACCUGAUUAUCACCUUUCAUGAGCUGACACAUACAGAGGAAGGGUCAAAAGAGGUCUCUGGUGAACACAGUGGCCCCUCUGAGCCACAGUAAGGUACUAGACACAGCCCUAUGUAAACCCUUUGAACCCUUAUAUUCAAAGACUGAUGAUGACAAAAAUAGAUGGGGGUAAGCUUCUAUCUGCAUUAAUUAAUCCACAAAGUGGUUUUCUUUGGUGAAGAAGAGGUCUUAGAUACCAGCAAAGUGGCAGGUAUGGCCUGACCUCUGUCCCUGCUCCCUCUGUCUCCCUAAGGGUCUAUUCUCUGUGUGUCUAUUUCCUUGCAGACUUGAUUCAUUUUAUGAAGUAGGUAUAACUCUUUAUUAAACCUCCCAAAAUAUAGAAAAAUAGAAAAAAUAAGUACAAAUUACCUGACACUCUUCACUCAUAUAACUAUUAUCAGCCCUUUGCUGAAUGUCCUUCUAGAUAUUUCCUUAUACCUGAGUACCCAGAUAGAUAUCAUGUACAAAUAAAAGAGAUACAAUAUAA